AUGGUCGUCUGCAAAUGCCGCAAGGCAACUAAGUUAUACUGUUUCGUCCACAAGGUCCCCGUUUGUGGGGAAUGCAUAUGUUUUCCAGAACAUGAAAUAUGUGUGAUCCGUACUUACUCAGAAUGGGUAAUAGAUGGAGAGUAUGAUUGGCCUCCUAAAUGCUGCCUGUGUAAUGCUGUGCUUGAAGAGGGAACGAAUUCUCAAACUACUCGAUUGGGUUGCUUGCAUGUUAUACAUACCAAUUGCUUGGUUUCACAUAUUAAAGAUUUUCCUCCACACACUGCUCCUGCUGGAUAUGUGUGCCCUGGGUGUUCAACUUCGAUAUGGCCUCCGAAAAGUGUUAAAGAUUCAGGAUCCCGUCUUCAUUUAAAACUGAAGGAAGCAAUUAUGCAGUGUGGUCUAGAGAAGAACUUGUUUGGAAACCAUCCAGUCUCGCUGCCAGCAACAGAGUCCAGAGGCCCCCCUCCUGCUUUUGCUACAGACCCUCUGAUGCAAGUAUCUGCUGGAGGCAGAGAGCCCAACGAGAGCUUGCCACCAUCAGCAGUAGGAGAUGCUAGAGGAUACUCAGUUGCAAGUGGAAUUGGUUACACAAAACCUUCAAGCAUAGAUAUUGUGGAGAUAGAUGCUCCUGGUUCUGCUAAUUCAUCUCUGUCUAAUCAUGAUUCCAGUUUCAUUAAAAGCUCGAGCCCUGCUGGUCCUGGUGCUACUACACGAAAGAGUGCAAUCCAAGUUGAAAGGCAGAACUCGGAAAUUUCAUAUUAUGCUGAUGAUGAAGAUGCGAAUCGGAAAAAAUACACACGAAGAGGUACAUUCCGCCAUAAGUUUCUAAGGUUCUGGUCGACUGGAUUACCGACUCUGCCAGUGACUGCGCCGACACGGAAAGAUGCUUCAAAUGCUAAUGACGUCCUAGAAGGUCGUCAGCGGCACCAUAGAUCUUCAAGGAUGGAUCCGAGAAAAAUCCUUCUCGUCAUAGCAAUCAUGGCAUGCAUGGCGACGAUGGGUAUUCUUUAUUACAGACUCGCACAACGUGGUCUUGGUGAGGAGCUGCCUGAUGAUGAGCAGCAGCAAUCUCUUGAAAUGCAAUCACAAGGAGAAGAUAGUUCAGCGCAGGAAACUCUCUCCACCGUAAGAUUUGUGAAAUAUGCAUAUGGCCUUACCUUCCCAGGUAGAGAUGCUAUUUCAGAUUCUAAGGAGAAGUGA